AUGGCCACCUAAUUGGAUAAAAUCUUUCUGACUCUGGCAGUAGUGGAAUUCAUCAUUGGCAUGCUGGGGAAUGUGUUCAUUGGACUGGCAAACUGCUCUGAAGGGAUCAAGCACCAAAAGUUCUUCUCAGUUGACUUCAUCCUCACCUGCUUGGCUAUCUCCAUAAUUGGUCAACUGUUGGUGGUACUGUUCAAUUCAUGUGUAGUGGGACUUGCUCCACAUUUAUAUGCCACAGAUAGAGUAGGAAAACCUGUUACUAUGCUUUGGCACAUGACUAAUCACUUGACCACCUGGCUUGCCACCUGCCUGAGCAUUUUCUAUUUCUUUAAGAUAGCCCACUUCCCCCACUCCCUUUUCCUCUGGCUGAGGUGGAGGAUGAACAGAGUGAUUGCUAUACUCCUUACAUUGUCUCUGUUCUUACUGAUUUUUGACUGUUUAGUGAUAGAAAUGUUUAUGGAUAUCUCACUGAAUAUAAUAGAUAAAAGUAAUCUGACUUUAUACUUAGAUGAAAGUAAAACUCUCUAUGAUAAACUCUCUCUGUUAAAAACUCUUCUUAGCUUGAACAGUUUUAUCCCCUUUUCUCUGUGCCUGACCUCAUUGCUUUUUUAAUUUCUGUCCUUGGUGAGACAUACUAGAAAUUUGAAGCUUAGUUCCUUGGGCUCUAGAGACUCCAGCACAGAGGCCCACAGGAGGGCCAUGAAAAUGGUGAUGUCUUUCCUUUUCCUCUUCAUAGUUCAUUUUUUUUCCUUACAAGUGGCAAAUUGGACAUUUUGUAUAUUGGGGAACAACAAGUACACACAGUUUGUCACGUUAGCCUUAAAUGCCUUUCCCUCGUGCCACUCAUUUAUUCUCAUUCUGGGAAACAGCAAGCUGCGACAGACAGCUGUGAGGCUACUGUGGCAUCUUAGGAACUAUACAAAAAGACUAAACCCUUUACCUUUGUAG